UUUGAUGCUGAGAAUGGAUUGUCGGUGGGUCGCAGCCCCCUGGACCCCCAGACCAGUCCUGGUUCCGGCCUGGUGCUCCAGGCCAACUACCACAGCCAGCGCCGCGAGUCCUUCCUCUACCGCUCCGACUCGGACUUUGACCUCUCACCCAAGGCCCCCUCGAGGAACUCAUCCACUGCCAGCGAGCUGUAAGUGCCCCCCCCCCCCCCCCCCCCCCCCCCCACCCUAUUGGUACUGUCACCCUCUGUGACCUUUCACCUUCCACUCAUAUCUAUUGGGAAGCGUCAUAGCAGAGAUGUCUCAGUGUAUGCCUUGAUUUUGCAAGGUCUCCACUUUUCGUAAUGUCCAAGGUUAUAUACAGAUAUGGUUUUGUGGAACAGAUACAAUUAUAUGUGGAAGGGAAUUGCUUCUUGGAACACUUUCCAAAACGGAAUUCCGAUAGCAAAGCAUGGGGAAUACAUUAGGCCCAUUUGAAAGUUUUCCCUUGUACUGUAUAAUCACAGUAAGGAAUGGAUAGAAAUGUACAGAAUGGUUACCUGGAGGAAAAUGGGGGAGGGUCAUGCUUUUUAAAUUUCAGUCAAGAGGAGGGUUUCGUUUUUUUUUUUUAAAUCAAGUCCAGGGGAGGGUCAUGCUUUUUCAAUUUCAGUCAAGAGGAGGGUUUAGUUUUGUUUUAAAUCUAGUCCAAUGGAGGGUAAUGUAAUUUGUAAUUGAUGAAAUGUCAAUAUUUCUCAGUGUUUUAGAAGUAGUUGCUUAUUAGGCUAUACUGUAUAUCAAUGUGUGCCCGAUGCCGCAAGUCAUCUCUGAUUCUCUGCUGAGUGCGGAAUAUUAAGUGCGCCUAUAGGCUAUUUAGUGUGGUCUCAAUCAAAUUACCAUAGCCUAUAGGCUAUAGGCUACGAAGUGCAUGCUCGGAGAAGUGCAGUUGUAUUUCUAAGAUAGCUGCUGGGAUGGUGUAAAUAAAACUAGGCUGCAUUACACACUGCAAUGGACAUUCCAACCCCGGCCUCUCUGCUCUUGCUGAUCAAAAACGUUUUUGUGUGCUGCCUAACCAAUGGCCUACGGUUACAGUUCAGGAGGAGAGUCGAAGGCUUCUUAAGAUUUAUUUUAUUUUAUUAGGCUUAGUCCAUAAAAUUCACUAUCUUGCACACGGACUAGCUUAUAGCCUAUGUUCUGUUCAGGUUAAGAAGGAGAGGUGGAAGAUGAGGAGGAGUACUGGAGGUCAACUUUGAUAGCUUGCUACUACUAUAAUAGAUUUUAUUCAAAACAAUAUGUUUUUUUGCCCAUUAUGUAUUUAUCAGAGUUAUUCUCCUCACAAUCAGCCAGAUUCGAGUAAUUUCCAUUGUGGUGCUGAAACUUGAAGCAGCAGCUGCGGCACAAUCAAUCGGAAAUGGACAGCUCAUGGUGCUGAAAGUAGGCAAAUUCGAGUAGGCAUAAUUCAUUUCUGUCUUCAUUUUAAUUAGACUUUACUAACAAGAAGAGCCCCAUUGGUACUUUAAAGUCAACCCAAGUUGGGCUGGCCUUGGUGGGCUAGCUCAAAUUGCGUUUCCACUGCUUUCAGAAAUUAGAAAUGAUGUCAUGUUGCUAGGUAGCCAAUAUGUGACUGCAGCUGGCUUCGCUAAUGUUGCUAGCUAGCUAGCUAGAAAGAUGUUGAAUAAUUUAAUUUACCCUCACCAUGCUGUAACUAACGUUUCCCCAUACUCCUGCCCAGUGGCGAUUUUAGCAUGUAAAUCUUCGUGGAGCAAAAUAAAUAAAUAUUGUAUUUGUAAUUAGAUGCACGCCAGCAAAGCCACAACACAACACUAACAAUACAUUAAUUGCACUAUAACAGUGACAAAAGGUGCCCACAAACUGUUAGGGCCUACAUAAAGCUGUCCCAACAGCAGAGUCCCAACAGCAGUCCCAACACCUUACCACUGCUACACCUGGCUAUCAGCGGAGCCUUGUCUGGCAGCGAAACAGUUCAUUCAGCCUCAUUUACUGCCAUAAAAAAAACUGUUUAUGGCUGACUUGAUUAAACAAAUGUGGUUUCUACUGACAAUUGAGAUGUACAAACUAUGGCAUAAGGGGACGACGAGCGGAUAAGAGGCAAUCUGUAAUUUCGAUUAAGACAUGAAUGAGCGCGCUAGGACGGACGUAGUCAAUGUAACUAUUUGUUCAGCACUUUUGAAAUGUACAGCGACAGAAUUCAGAACAUGGGCCAUUCUGUCCAUUCUUAGCCUGUCAUUUUGGUAAUUUGUCAUUUAAAAAAGAUUCUGCUAAUACGUAAAAUGACGUAGAAUUGCAUGACAUUUUUAUAAAAUGUUAAUUUUUCUCUGACCUUUAAAUACGAUGAUAGAUUCAUACAAUGCUUUUACUAUAAAGGAGAUCUUUCUACCUCUACUCUUGUCCAUGGUGGUCUGUGAACGCUCAACCUUCUGGCCCGCAGCCCUGUGCUCUAUAAAAAUUCCGGCAUUGCCAUGUAAUGCUUACAGGAUGAAGUACAUUCAGUUUCUAAAACUGCUAAUCUAAGGCUCUGGUCUGUCCAAUAAGUUGUCUGCUAUCUACUUUGUUUUAAUGAUUAUUUUGGGUAUAGUGGAGGAUCACUUGUUUUUUUUUCAAGUGUUCAGGGAGGGUUUAGGUAAAAUAUAUUUUUCUGAAGGGAGGGCCAUCCAUUUUCAUUUUAGAGAGGUCUGAUUUUCUACAUGUAACCCCUUAUUAUAAAUAACGUUCACUCCCUUAGAGCAUCUUUUUUAUGCAGUAGUUUGUGUGGUCUCUAAAGAUAUCCUUCGAAAGAGCUUACUUAGUGGACUGUAUCUUAAGCUCAUUAUUGUGCUUGUAUUCAAGAGCACAGUUUUAUUAGGACAUGCUAUAUGCUAUAUUAAACUGUAUUGCUCUGCGGGUUUGCACAAUCUAUCGUACUCCAGUUUGAUAGCCCCUAUUACUGCAACCAGCUGUUCUUUCCAUCCCAGCACGCUUGCAUGUCAACUCCGCUUCGGCAGGAUUACACAAAGGCUGAAGUCCAAACUCAAAGUAGACAGCCCUCGACCCUAAACCCUCAGGCCUUGAAUGAGAUUUUACAUCGUCACAUCCUAGUGUACCUUAAAUGUCCCUUGCCCAAGCGAGGGAGAGUGAUGAUCGGAGAGGCAACGUCCUUGGUGGAAAUCUUGAAGUUGACCUUAAAAACAACCAACCUAAAGCUAUUAAUGUACCUAGCUAGCUAACGUAGCUAGCGCUGCUGUCAGGUAGCUAGCUACCCAUAGCUGGCAAGCAAGAUUUAUAGUUUAGUCAUUAAUUCCAAUAAUUUUCAGAAUUCCCCAAAAUAUGUUUAUAAAGCUAGCUAUGUUUUAUAUGCUCCUCACUACGAUCCAAUUUGCCAACGCUAAAAUCAAUGUAAUCUAUACAGUGCAUUCAGAAAGUUUUCAAACCCCUUGACCUUUUCCACAUUUUGUUACGUUACAGCCUUAUUCUAAAAUUUAUAAAAUAAAAAAUGUCCUCAUCAAUCUACACACAAUACCCCAUAAUGACGAAGCGGAAUCAGAUUAUAAUUUUUUUGACGUUUUUUCACAUUUAUUAAAAAUAAAAAAACAUAAAUACCUUAUUCAAAUAAGUAUUCAGACCCUUUGCUAUGAGACUCGAAAUUGAGCUCAGGUGCAUCCUGUUUCCAUUGAUCAUCCUUGAGAUGUUUCUACAACUUGAUUGGAGUCAACCUGUGGUAAAUUCAAUUGAUUGGACAUGAUUUGGAAAGGCACACGCCUGUCUAUAUAAGGUCCCACAGUUGACAGUGCAUGUCAGAGCAAAAACCAAGCCAUGACGUCGAAGGAAUUGUCCGCAGAGCUCCGAGACAGGAUUGUGUCGAGGCACAGAUCAGGAGAAUGGUACCAAAACCUUUCUUCCAGAAGGACAACCAUCUCUGCAGCACUCCACCAAUCAGGCCUUUAUGGUAGAGUGACCAGACAGAAGCCACUCCUCAGUAAAAGGCACAUGACAGCCCGCUUGGAGUUUGCCAAAAGACACCUAAAGGACUCUGACCAUGAGAAACAAGAUUCUUUGGUCUGAUGAAACCAAGAUUGAACUCUUUGGCCUGAAUGCCAAGCGUCACGUCUGGAGGAAACCUGGCACCAUCCCUACGGUGAAGCAUGGUGGUGGCAGCAUCAUGCUGUGGGGAUGUUUUUCAGACUAGUCAGGAUCGAGGGAAAGAUGAACGGAGAAAAGUACAGAGAGAUCCUUGAUGAAAACCUGCUCCAGAGCGCUCAGGACCUCAGACUGGGGGCGAAGGUUCACCUUCCAACAGGACAAUAACCCUAAGCACACAGCCAAGACAACGCAGGAGUGGCUUCGGGACAUGUCUCUGAAUGUCCUUGAGUGGCCCAGCCAGAGCCCAGACUUGAACCCGAUCAAACAUCUCUGGAGAGACCUGAAAAUAGCUGUGCAGCGACGCUCCCCAUCCAUCCUGCAGAGAAGAAUGGGAGAAACUCCCCAAAUACAGGUGUGCCAAGCUUGUAGCGUCAUACCUAAGAAGACUCAAGGCUGUAAUCGCUGCCAAAGGCUUUAACAAACUACUGAGUAAAGGGUCUGAAUACUUAUGUAAAUGUGAUAUUUCCGUAUGUAUUUCAAUUUAAAAAAUUGUGCCAACAUUUCUAAAAACCUGUUUUUGCUUUGUCAUUAUGGGAUAUUGUGUGUAGAUUGAUGAGGGAAAAAAACAAUUUAAUCAUUUUUAGAAUAAGGCUGAAACGUAACAAAAUGUGGAAAAUGUCAAGGGGUCUGAAUACUUUCCGAAUGCACUGUAUAUAUUUAUUUGCAAGCUAGCGUCAUAAUUUUGUCUGACAUGCCAAAAAUGCAGCCGUGUUGAUUAAAUUUGAAACUUUGCGGCCACCAGAGUUUGACAAGUGACUACAGUUUGCAUUUAAUUGUAGGUCAUAUCAACCCCACAAGUGAUCAAAGUUCUUCAGUCGCUCUCUCGAGGGAAAGUGUCUAGCGCGAGGGCUGAGGGGGUAAAAAUAACGUGUUUGUACUGCAGCCAAAGUUUGAAAAAUGGGCGACUUUCUUGUUUUUGUACUUCUUUUGCUGUUUGUUUUUCCAGUCUACAUCAGCCUAAGACAGUUUCCCUGUGUCUAAACACUUUAGUUUGUGAUUAAUCGGUUGCAGGUCACCAACUCUUGCCUCUGUUUUUAAAGGGAAGAAAGCUUGAAGCACUGGGAAGUCAACUGGUUGUCUCGGUGAGAAGAACUUGACAAAACUUUGAUUUGUCCCCUCAAAGGCCUAUCCCGCAUUCUCCAUUACAGGUUUCAGAGCCAUCAUCCCCUCCCCAUGGCACCAGUGACUAAAAAUUGACCCCUCCCCCAGGUUUUUCCUGUGACCCCAAGGAAAGUUGUUUUUCUUUUGCAUGUGAAGCUUCAAGAAAAAGACGCUAGCAUAACCCCAGCCCUGUAACUUUACCAGUUGGACUUUCAUUUCUCCCUACCUCACGGUUCCUAUAAUGUACAGUGCAUGUCAUCCUUUGUUUGACCUCAAUUUCACACUGUCUGGUCUACCUUUUUUUGUUGGAUUCUUUGCUUUGAUGUCAGUCUGCAGGUUGUUGAAGUGUUUUUUCACAAACACUGAUCAACUGUCUUGAUUAAUGAUUAUCAUUCAAUGCAAAUGUGUAAUGUGUACAGUAGACAUUAAUACCAUAGUAGUCAUGUUGGAUUUAGGCUAAAUAUUGUAUGCACACUAAAUGGUUGCAAUUUUUUCACUGUUUCUAUUACUGUACUUUUUUUUUAAUCUUCGUUUUUCCCCCAUUAUAGACAUGGAGAAGACAUGAUUGUGACACCAUUUGCACAGGUUCGUUUUUGAAAUAUUCUUCCCUUUCCUGUGUUUUUCAGCUGAACAAAUGGUUAACGAAUUGGCCAAGGGUGGUCUAGGCCACUGCCUCUGGAGCACAUGUACUGUACAAUGUAUUGCUGCCAGCAUGGGUUAGAAUCUGUCCCACUGCUCUUUAAGCACUCUCUGGUUUGCCAAGCCAAAUUCUCCCUGUUAUUUGUAACGUGCCCUCUAAUCUGUCCAGUGGUUAUGUAACUUCACCUUCAUUAAGCACACCAACACAACAAGGAAUAAAUAAUGUAACUGAACACUAACUGAUUCUGAGUAAUGUUAGGCUUUUUUUUUUUAAGAGACCUACAAAAGGUUGUUGCCAGUGGGCCAGUGAAGUCACGGCUGUCACUAUAGUGACACCAGUGACACUAGUAGAGGGCCACCGAAACAGCCUUUGGCAUGCUGCUGGCACAUCGCGGCAUCCUGGCCCGUGACGGAGGACAUGCGUCACAGCUGCACUCACUUUACUAAACAAGCGAGGAAUCCAAUAUGGCGUUCCUCGAUACGGCUGCUGACUGAUAAAAAAUCCACCCCGGCCGGGAAACCAGAUAGCGUAUUUUUUUAUGUGCUGACUCACGAUUUAAUAUUGGUGCCCAGACUCUGACAUGUGUGACGUAUUGGAGCGAGGAGGCUCCCUCUCUAACCACAUUAGCCUGUAAUUAUGAUGUCUCAGGGGCACUGCUACUAGUGCUCGCUUGUUUAGUAAACCUGUUGAAAAUGAACUAUUGCAAGCCACUAUUUAACACUAAUGCCUCGAUCAAACCGACAGCGUUAUUGCAUUUUGGUACACCAGAAGUACAUUCAUUUCCAAUGGAACGCUGCGUUUGCCUUGCAGCAUUGCAUUGCAGAGGCAGUUACGCUUUGAACACACCAACUGUGUCAGUGACGCUUUGAACACACCGACUGGGUCAUUGCGCAAAAUAGUAUGCAGCAUCAUCUAGAUAUGUGUGCAAAAGUUAAACAUUCACCUUCUGCUACCAUUUCUGUCAAACCCGUUUAGGCAUACAGUUUGACGCAUACGUUCGAUAAAUCCAACGUAUGCACCACACAGAACACACUGCAACUGCCUCUGCAACGCAAUGCUGCAAGGCAAACACAGGGUUUGUACUUCAUUGCAAUGUAUGCGUAGCCCUUUUGUGGUGUAAAAUGUUACAUUGUAACACUUCACGGAGUAUGCAUAUACAUAUUCUAAAUGUUUUUAUUCAUACAUGAAGGGCCUCGACUAUCACAAUGAGGCAGUAAAGAGGAUGUGUAUUAAUCUUGUCCGUUCUUGUAGGUGCUUGCCAGCUUGAGGACGGUAAGAAGCAACUUCGCCGUUUUGACCCAUCAGCAAGAUCGUCAACCCAGCAAGUAAGUUAAGUCUACACCACUCAUUCCCAAACCCACGUGCCCCUCCAAAUCUGUUGACUGUAAUGAUGAAGUGAACAAUAGAUAUACAGUAACAUAGAUAUACAUUUUACUCAAACUGGGAUGUCUGUGUGUCCACAGGAGAACGGGCAGUAAUCCACCAUCCAUGUUCAAAACAAGCUUAGCAGGUGAGUGUUUGAAAAGGGUUUGCUUGGUUGAGUUCUAUACUACACAAAAAAAUACACAGGCAAGCAAAAAUACACACAUUUCAUUCAGCCAUUUAGCAAUUAGGGUAAGAUUAGGAUUACAUUCAAUCUGAUUUUAAACCGAACUGAUGAUGUAACCAUCGAUAUAAACAGCAAAGGGGACUUCUAGAUUGAAUAAUUAAUUAUUGAAUAAUUGUUGAAUGUUGAAUGUUAAAAGAACAUUAAAUUGUGUGCUCAUCGCAUUGUGUGUUGUCCUUGUGUGGGUAUGACAGAGGAGCCAUUUCAGCAGCUGGCUGUGGAGACUCUGGAUGAGCUGGACUGGUGUCUGGAGCAGCUGGAUACUCUGAAGACACGCCACUCUGUCAGCGAGAUGGCCUCCAACAAGGUACGGUCACAAACACACACACACUCAUACACACACUCAUAACAAUGGGAGCUUUCAUGACUCACUUGUACCGUUGACUUUAAUGGUAAGGCUGAAGCUACUAAUGUCGUACAUCAGUAUUUGGUUCAGUUUGAGUUAAUUCACUAUGAUGGACUUAAAGGAGGUACAAUACAAAAGCCCAAGGCCCACCAUUGAGUCAGCGCCAUCUUGGCUUUAUGAAGAGUUGUCAAGAAUGACUGCGAUGUAGAACUCUGUAUGCAUCAUGACUUAGCCAAAUGAAUCUACAGGGAAUUUUUAUCAAAUUUUCUGUAGCUGCACAAUAUCUAUAAAGACUCUCUUUCAGACUUUGAUUUAAUCUAAUUUCCUAAUUGUUUAGCCAAAACAAGUGACCUUUCCCCUCUCCAUUAAAACAAAAGGGAUAUUAUUAGUUCACUGUUAUGUCAAAGUGAGCAAUAAAUAAAUACAACAUGUAUAUUUUGGCCAAUGCACUUUCGGUGGUCUUCCAAAUUAAAAAGAGCCCUCUAAGCCAGCGAUCGUGUCUCUCUGCCAACGCGUUUUGUGCUGAUCCUGAUUGGACAAAUGUGAAAGGCCACUAAUACAGUGCAACCACUCCAUUCAUCAGCGAUUAGGAAAUAUGAAUGAAAUCGCCAAUCCCUUCUGACGUUUGGAGCUCGUUCCAUAUGAAUGAAUGGGAUGGUUGCAUGUCUGCAUCGGUAGACACACACCCUUCCCCCAACUCCCAGUAUCUAAUGUGUUGGAGCUGUGUAUAAAACGCCACUCCCCAUCCCCCCAUCAACACCCCCCCAUCCCCCCACUCCCAUCAAACCCCCAUCCCCCCACUCCCAUCCAUCAACCCCCAUCCCCCCCUCCAUCCAUCAACCCCCCCAUCCCCCCCCCUCCAUCCAUCAACCCCAUCCCCCCCUCCAUCCAUCAACCCCCAUCCCCCCCUCCAUCCAUCAACCCCCAUCCCCCAUCUCCUCCAACACCCCCCCCCCCAUCCAUCCGUCAACCCCCCAUCCCCCCCAUCCCCCCCUCCAUCCGUCAACCCCCAUCCCCCCCUCCAUCCAUCAACCCCCCUCCCCCCCGCCCCCUCCAUCAACCCCAUCCCCCCCCCUCCAUCCAUCAACCCCCAUCCCCCCCUCCAUCCAUCAUCCUCAUCCCCCCCUCCAUCCAUCAACCCCCAUCCCCCCCUCCAUCCAUAAAUCCUCAUCCCCCCCUCCAUCCAUCAACCCCCAUCCCCCCCUCCAUCCAUCAAGCCUCAUCCCCCCUCCAUCCAUCAACCCCCAUCCCCCCCUCCAACCCAUCCCCCCCCCCAUCACCCCAUCCCCCCUCCAUCCAUCAACCCCCAUCCCCCCCUCCAUCCAUCAACCCCAUCCCCCCUCCAUCCAUCAACCCCCAGCCCCCCUCCAUCCAUCAACCCCCACCCCCCCUCCAUCCAUCAACCCCCCACCCCCCCCUCCAUCCAUCACCACCCCCCCUCCAUCCAUCCAUCCCAUCCCAUCACCUCAUCCCCCCCUCCAUCCAUCAACCCCAUCCCCCCCUCCAUCCAUCACCACCACCCCCAACCCCACCCCCCCCUCCAUCCAUCAAGCCCUCAUCCCCCCCUCCAUCCAUCAACCCCCAUCCCCCCUCCAUCCAUCAACCUCCCAUCCCCCCCCCAUCCUCCAUCUCAACCCCCACCCCCCCUCCAUCCAUAACCCAUCCCCCCCCCCUCCAUCAACCCCCAUCCCCCCCCUCCAUCCAUCAACCCACUCCCCCCCCUCCAUCCCAACCCCCAUCCCCCCUCCAUCCAUCAACCCCAUCCCCCCCUCCAUCCAUCAACCCCCAUCCCCCCCCUCCAUCCAUCAAGCCUCAUCCCCCCCUCCAUCCAUCAACCCCCCCCCAUCCCCCCCCCCUCCAUCCAUCAACCCCCACCCCCCCUCCAUCCAUCAACCCCCACCCCCCCCAUCCACUCCAUCAACCCCCAUCCCCCCUCCAUCCAUCAACCUCAUCCCCCCCUCCAUCCAUCAACCCCAUCCCCCCUCCAUCCAUCAACCCCCAUCCCCCCUCCAUCCAUCAACACCCCCCCCACCAUCCCCCCCUCCAUCCAUCAACCUCAUCCCCCCCUCCAUCCAUCAACCCCCAUCCCCCCCCUCCAUCCAUCAAACCUCAUCCCCCCCUCCAUCCAUCAACCCCCAUCCCCCCCCUCCAUCCAUCAACCCCCAUCCCCCACUCCAUCCAUCAUUCCUCAUCCCCCACUCCAUCCAUCAAUCCUCAUCCCCCCUCCAUCCAUCAAUCCUCAUCCCCCUCUCCCCUCCUUAUUUCUCCAGACUGGAGUUUAUAGCUUGUGUGAUUCCAUGAUUAGCCUCCCCACGCAAGAGCCAUGUGCGCUGGGUAAACACACACACACACCACACACAGUCUCUCCCUGGAUGCACACACCACACACACAUGCCAGGCACACACGUGGUGGUGUAGCGUGUGCUGUUCUCUAGAGUUGGGAGUAGCGUGUGCUGCGCUCUGUUUACACACGGAGCAGCAGGCAGAACAGCGCUGCAGAGGGAGAGAGGAGCGCAAGCGGCAGGAGUAGAGUGUGUGGAUAAAACCUUCCUAGUGCACUGCGUGUUGACUGUCUGCUUGCAGUGGAAUUAAGGAACUCAGGCAAGCAGGACAGGAACACAGUACGGGAUGUAAACUCAGCGCAGUAGCUACAGGAAGGACUCUGCUCUUUUUCUCUUUUUUUUCGACCCAUGCUUUAUUUAGUGCUGAAAUGCUCGAAGUAAUUUACUUGUUCUCUUUCAAUUACUUGUUCUCUGUGUCGAGGAUGUACAUUCAGGUAAGACGGGAUGGGAUGGGAUGGGAUGCACGUGUUGCUUGGUGAAUUAAUGUGUAAUACAGGUAGGUGUCUGUCCUUUGCAGAGUUAUUUGCAAUUAGUUGGGAAGUGAUGCUGUUUUUGCAGCGUGCACGUGUGUGUGUGUGUGUGUGUGUGUGUCAGUAGUGCUUGUGCAUGUGUGUAAGAGUGAGUCCAUAAAGUGUGUGUGCAGAUGUGUCCAUUCAUCUUUGUGUGUGUGCAAGAAGUAUGUGUGCCUGUGUGUACAUGGCCCACCCACUUGGGAGCCAGGCCCACCCACUGGGGAGCCAGGCUCAGCCAAUCAGAAUGAGCUUUUCCCCACAAAAGGGCUUUAUUACAAACAGAAAUACUCCUCAGUUUCAUCAGUUGUCUGGGUGUCUGGUCUCAGACAAUCCCGCAGGUGAAGAAGCCUGAUGUGGAGGUCCUGGGCUGGUGUGGUUACACGUGGUCUGCGGUUGUGAGGCCGUUUAGACGUACUGCCAAAUUCUCUCAAACGACGUUGGAGGCAGCUUAUGGUAGAUAAAUGAACAUUAAAUUAUCUGUCAACAGCUCUGGUGGACAUUCCUGCAGUCAGCAUGCCAAUUGCACGCUCCCUCAACAUUUUAGACAUAUGUGGCAUUGUGUUGUGUGACAAAACUGUACAUUUUAAAGUGGCCUUUUAUUGUCCCCAGCACAAGGUGCACCUGUGUAAUGAUCAUGCUGUUUAGUCAGCUUCUUGAAAUGCCACAUCUGUCAGUUGGAUGGAUUAUUUUGGCAAAGGAGAAAUGCCCACUAACAGGGAUGUAAACAAAUUUGUGCAGAAAAUAUGAGAGAAAUACGCUUUUUGUGCAUAUGGAACAUAUCUGGGAUCUUUUAUUUGAGCUCUACAGUAGAGACUAUAUUGUGACAGUCUGAGUGAUGCAGUUUGUUGUUGUUUGUCUCACCAGUUCAAAAGGAUGCUGAACAGAGAGCUCACUCAGCUAUCAGAGACCAGCAGAUCAGGCAACCAGGUGUCAGAGUUCAUCUCCAGCACCUUCCUAGGUACGUCUCUCUCUCCACCACCCUUCACUGUCUGACUGUCUUAGUAGAGACAUCUACCAUAUGUAUGUACUGUAAUGUGAACCUAAUCGUUUCUAAUGUAUACUUAUUGUAUAGUUACUGUUAUGUUCCCCAGCAAGAAAAACUAAAAUUGUCGCUCAAACAGAAAGGGAAACUAACAAAUAGUCACUGACAACAACCAAAAUGAAACAGGUGGGGUUUUAGGAGGGGUUCUGAAAGACACUCAUGGGGGAGUGCACUGAAAGUUGACUAGCAACAACAAGUGGGACCUAAAAGACACCCACCAUGAGACCCACUAAAUAUGGCUGAGAAGAGGCAACCAAAAUAAAAACCCAAACCAAACUUAAAGACAGGAACCAAACCACAAAGUGGAGCAAAAUAAAAACAGGGAAGAUCAGAUAAAGGAUUGUUUGUCUAGAAAUCAAAUGGGGAGAGCCAACUAAAGGUGUUAACCCUCCACGUCUCUCAAGACCAGCGGAGCACUGGGCCAGCCACUCUUAAAUAGCACCUGAGCUAGCACAGCUAAAACACCUUCCCCCUAACGUCCAACCUCAAAAUAUAAAUGGAGAAACCAAAGCCUGUAACAUUACAUGUGAUUACACCAAGACAAUACGAAUCCAAGCAACUACAUGAUAUCUGUGCAACUUCAACUCAGUGUAAAGUGUCACCAGCCCUGGUUUCAAUAGACAACCCUUCUGAACUCUAUUGGUAUAACUGUGGAAUAACUGUGGAAUAAUGCUCUGUGUCUGUCUGUAACACAGAAAAGCAACAUGACAUGGAGAUCAUGUCUCCGCCCACCAAGGAGAAGAAGGAGAAGAUGGACAAUAAGAAGCGCCCCAUGUCCCAGAUCGUGGGGGUGAAGAAGCCCAGAAUCAUCCCUAGUGUGGCCCCCUCCAGCAUCCCCCGCUUUGGGGUCGCUUCCACUCAGGAGGGCUUUCUCUCCAAGGUAGUCUACACAUCCCUUAUUUUCGGACGAUUUAACUAUUAGAAAGUACCUCACUUUUAGGGUUCUGUUCUGCCACAAGUUCUGUCACUCUUUGGAUCUAAUAGUCCCCAGCACGUUUUGGAGUUAAAGGAUCUGCUGUUUUUUCUAACUGAAAUGUUUUUCCAUCUGGCAGCAGUUGGAAGAUAUAAACCGAUGGGGUGUGGAUAUUUUCAAAAUAUCUGAAUAUUCUGGGAAUCGUCCACUGACGGUGGCGAUUUAUUCAAUUUUCCAGGUAUGUCAUCCGCAUGUUUCCAAAUGAGUCCUCUUCUAAAUGGGCCCUCUUACAUGGCUAAACAAUUCACAAAGUCACUGCUAAAAAAUGAUGAAAAUCAUAUAUGUAUUUUAUCCCUCUGUUUUCCAUAUAGGAGCGAGAGCUGCUGAAGUCAUUCAAGAUCCCUGCAGACACCUUCAUCACCUUUAUGAUGACCCUGGAGGACCACUACCACCACGACGUGGCCUACCACAACAACAUCCACGCUGCAGACGUGGUCCAGUCCACCCACGUCCUCCUCUCCACGCCCGCCCUGGAGGUAUGUCAAUACAAUACAACGUUUUAGCUAAAAACUGACAGUACUGUAUUUUUGUUUUGUUUUAAAAAUAUUUUUAUUACACAUUUCAAAUGUACAAUUGCAUCAUUGUUACAGGUUAUUUUUGUUUUCUUUUUUGACAAUACUGUUUUUUGUUUUGUUUUUUACUGUAAAAAAAAUAAAAUUAUAAACUGGGUGGUUCGAGCCCUGAAAGCCGAUUGGCCGAAAGCCGUGGUAUAUCAGACUGUAUACCACGGGUAUGACAAAACAUUUAUUUUUACUGCUCUAAUUAAGUUGCCAACCAGUUUAUAAUAGCAAUAAGGCACCUCCGGUUUGUGGUAUAUUGCCAAUAUACCACGGCUAAGAGCUGUAUCCAGGCACUCCGCGUUGCGUCAUGCAUAAGAACAGCCCUUAGCCGUGGUAUAUUGGCCAUAUACCACACCCCCUCGGGCCUUAUUGCUUAAGUAUACGACAAUGCAUUGUAAUGUUCAAAACAGUACACCUACUGUAGGGCUGUACACUACAUCGAAUAACUUCUAAGUUAUGGGCAUUAGAAUAUUUUUUUUUAAUGAAAGUGGACCAAUUGAGGUGUUUUGAAAAUUGGGGGGACAUGUGUCCCCCCUGUCCCAUAUUGUUGUUGCGCCUAUGCACAAGUCCGACCACAUUCUCACACACAUACUGUACAACAGUGGUCACCAACCUUUUCUGAGUCAAAAUGCAAGCCGAGAUCUACCGCUAAGAUUUUUUUUAACAGGACUUAAAAAACCUGCGCCUAUGCAACAUUAACCUAUUAAAAACAGUAAUGUAACAAUUAGGUUUGUGCAGUAGGCUAUAGGCCCAAUACAUUAUCACCGCAUAUUGGCUUUGCUUGAAUUGCCCUGCCAAUACAUUGUUGUUCGGACCAUUUAAGGUGGGCUAUAUGAUCACACCGGUAAUAGAUCAGUUGAUGUAUUACUUGUGAAGCACAGCUGAGUGAGCAUACAUUUAAAUAAUGUGCUUUUUUAUUUAUUUUACUGGGCUGGUGGUGCCUGCAUCUGAUGGUCAGUUUAUUUUACUGGGCUGGUGGUGCCUGCAUCUGAUGGUCAGUCUCAGCAGAGGGAGAGAGCAGCAGACUGAGGGUCCGCCUCUCAACGUCCCUCCGCUCUUCCUUUCCUCUGCUUACAAUGACCAAAAAGGGACACCGUCUUUCAGAUAAUGGUGAAACUCAAGUCGCACCGCAUUAUUUCUGCCUCAUGCACAAAUUAAAGUUGUUACUCCUAUGAACAGAGAAAGUGAAAUAUUCCUCGAUAUUAAAAAAGACCCAAGCCGCUAAUAAUAACACAAGCCUAUCAAUACACUUUCCUACUCAUUCAUUACAGCUGCAGUGUUGGUUGUAGUGCGAGUGGAAGUAGGAAGAACGCACAUUUUAAUAGCCUAUAAAAGUGUUGAAUAAACAGUGCUGAGUAAGAACUUAAACAUGAACUCACUCAUAAAAAACAGCAGCUCUUUGCUGUGUUCAUUGACAGUCUCUCUCUAGUCAUGGUUUUAAAAGUUUUGAAAUCUCACAGUAUCAACUUUGCUGCUGCUUUCUUUUACACCUGUUACAUUACUGCAGACACUGUAAUCUGAGCCAUCCAAUUGGCCAGCGGUAGGCCUAUAGUGCACUUGAUUUGCUCUCCAGGCCCGCCGGGAAGGCACAGUUUGUACCUUCAGACACAUGAAAUGUUUCAAAAUGGGAACAUGUCGCCUACCCGGCGUGCAGCUGAAUCAGGUGCACCUAACGCCAACAACGCAAGACAAAACAAAAAAGGGACCGUAAGGCUUCAUUGUUGUUGUUUUUUACAGACAUGUUUGCCGAUCGACUAGGAAUGCCAUGGAGAUCGACCAGUCGAGCGACCGGUUGGUGACCGCUGCUGUACAAUAUUUAUCUGCAUUAACAUCCCUGUGUUCCUCCCAUCUCUACAGGCUGUGUUCACUGACUUGGAGAUCCUAGCUGCUCUAUUUGCAAGUGCUAUACAUGAUGUGGACCACCCGGGGGUGUCCAACCAGUUCCUCAUCAACACCAGUGAGUUCACAUAUCCCCCUGGGCACUAGGACGGAGAUGUUUAAAAUCUUGGAAUCCUUUGUGGUUGUGUGUCCACAUUAAACUGUCUCAUGGGCCGCAUCUGGCCCACACACCGCCAGUUUGAGACCCCUGCUGUAGAAUGUCUAUCCUUGUGUGUAAGCACUGUUCCUCUCCUGUGUGUCCAUCCAGACUCAGAGCUGGCCCUGAUGUACAACGACGUGUCGGUCCUGGAGAACCACCACCUGGCCGUGGGCUUCAAGCUGCUGCAGGAGGACAACUGUGACAUCUUCCAGAACCUCAGCAAGAAACAGAGACAGUCCCUACGCAAGAUGGUCAUAGACAUGGUGUUAGCCACAGACAUGUCCAAACACAUGAACCUGCUGGCUGAUCUGAAGACCAUGGUGGAGACCAAGAAGGUGACCAGUCUAGGAGUACUUCUACUAGACAACUAUGGAGAUCGUAUCCAGGUAAGACUCACAGAAUGAUAAAAUUCACUCUCAUAGAAGGGAUUCAUAUUCAGUAUAACCGAUGUGAAUUAGAUGAUGAUAUGGCAAUUUGUCUGACACUGUCAUCCAAAGUGAAUAUUGCAGAUAGAUUGGAACUUCCAUCAAUGUAAUUGUCUGCAUCACUUCCAAUUUCCCAUAUGUUUUUUUCUCUCGCAAAUAUAUAUAUACACUACCUUUCAAAAGUUUGUGGUCACUUAGAAAUGUCCUUGUUUUCGAAAGAAAAGCAAUUUUUGUGUCCAUUAAAAAAACAUCAAAUUGAUCAGAAAUACAGUGUAGACAUUGUUUAUGUUGUAAAUGGCUAUUGUAGCUGGAAACGGCUGAUUUUUUAUGGAAUAUCUACAUAGGCGUACAGAGGCCCAUUAUCAGCAACCAUCAGUCCUGUGUUCCAAUGGCACGUUGUGUUUGCUAAUCCAAAUUUAUCAUUUUAUAAAAGGCUAAUUGAUCAUUAGAAAACCCUUUUGCAAUUAUGUUAGCACAGCUGAAAACUGUUGUGCUGAUUAAAGAAGCAAUAAAACUGGCCUUCUUGAGACUAGUUGAGUAUCUGGAGCAUCAGCAAUUGUGGGUUCGAUUACAGGCUCAAAAUGGCCAGAAACAAAAAACGUUCUUCUGAAACUCGUCAGUCUAUUCAUGUUCUGAGAAAUGAAGGCUAUUCCAUGAGAGAAAUUGCAAAGAAACUGAAGAUCUCGUACAACGCUGUGUACUACUCCCUUCACAGAACAGCGCAAACUGGCUCUAACCAGAAUAGAAAGAGGAGUGGGAGGCCCCGGUGCACAACUGAGCAAGAGGACAAAUACUUAGAGUGUCUAGUUUGAGAAACAGACGCCUCACAGGUCCUCAACUGGCAGCGUCAUUAAAUAGAACCCGCAAAACACCAGUCUCAACGUCAACAGUGACGAGGCGACUCCGGGAUGCUGACCUUCUAGGCAGAGUUGCAAAGAAAAAGCCAUAUCUCAGACUGCCCAUCUUUUAUUGGCCAGUCUGAGACAUGGCUUUUUCUUUGUAACUCUGCCUAGAAUUUUGUGUUUUUGUUAGCCGCAUGUGCGACAUAACUCCACCAGUCCUACAUAUGAUAUCAUUUACGAAGAUUUCACCUUUUUUUUUUUUUUCUUCAAUUUUUUUUUUUUAAAUCAAUUAGUAUAUUUCAGUUUAACCACAAUAUUUGUUGCAUUAUUUGUUCUGUCGUUUCUGGAGGAUUAAAUUGAAAUUGCAACCAACUUUCUAUGGCUUGUUUUAGAAAUAGUGAUAUUUGGGAGAUUAUUUCCUUUUCAAAUAACUGAAAGUGAGAGGUUGUAAUCUGAAUAAAGGGGAAAAGGCCAUUCUUGAACAUGGGGUGAGACAAUCUUACUAAUUUGCUAGAGAACCAGUGCAGAUUUUAGUAAAACUUUUGUAUGACUGAAGCUUUUAGUGAUAGGUCUAAUGCUUUCAUAUUUAAUAAUUUCUGUCCUCCGAAUUCAUAUUCAUGAUAUAAAUAGGCCCGUCUAAUUUUGUCUGGCUUGCCGUUCCAAAUAAAAUGGAAUAUUUUUUUAUCAUAUAAUUUUAAACAACUGUUCACUAGGCAUAGUCAAGACCAUAAGCAAAUAGGUAAACUGGGAUAAUACUAAAGAGUUAAUCAGGGUGAUUUUUCCACAAAUAGACAGGUAUUUACCUUUCCAUGGUAGCAAGAUCUUGCUAACUUUCUAUUAAAAUGUAUUGUAGUGAGAUCAUUUAUUUCAUUUGGGAUAUGUAUUCAGAGUAUAUCCACAUCACCAUCAGACCAUUUUAUUGGUAAACUACAUGGUAAUGUAAAAAUUGUAUUUUUUAGUGAUCCAAUACGUAAUAUAGUACAUUUAUCAUAAUUUGGUUGGAAUCCAGAGGUUAGAAAAUGUAUCUAGAUCCUCUAUGAGGCUGUGGAGGGAUUCAAGUUGUGGAUUUAAAAGAAAACAUGAAUCAUCAGAGAACAAUGACACCUUUGUUUUUAAGCCCUGGAUUUCUAAUCCCUUGAUAUCAUUGUUGGAUCUGAUUUUAAUAGCUAACAUUUCGAUGGCCAUAAUAAAUAGAUAUGCCGAUAGUGGACAACCUUGUUUUACUCCUCUUGAAAGUUUAAAACUUUCGGAGAAAUAGCCAUUAUUUACUAUUUUACACCUAGGGUUACUAUACAUGAUUUUAACCCAUUUUAUAAGAGAUUCUCCAAAAUUUAAAUGCUCCAGGCAUUUAUAUAUAAACUCCAGUCGUACUUGAUCAAAUGCCUUUCCAAAGUCUGCUAUGAAUAGCAGGCCUGGUUUCCCAGAUUUUUCAUAGUGUUCUAUUGUUUCCAGUACUUCCCUUAUAUUAUCUCCAAUGUAUCGUCCAUGUAAAAAACCUGUCUGAUUAGAAUGAAUAAUGUCCGACAAUACCUUUUUAAUUCUAUGCGCUAUACAUUUUGCUAGAAUUUUUGCAUCACAACACUGAAGUGUAAGGGUCCUCCAAAUUUGUUAAUGGACUGGCUCUUUAUAUUUCUCACUUGUAUCUGUUACGAUCGUUACCGGAAGACACGGACCAAGGCGCAGCGUGAUAAGCGCACAUUUUAUUUCAGUACACAACACGAACAAAACAACAAACCAAACGAUACGUGAAGUCCUAGGUUAUACACAAAACCUUACGGAACAAGAUCCCACACUAAACUAGUGCCAAACAGGCUGCCUAAGUAUGGUCCCCAAUCAGAGACAACGAGCUACAGCAGUCUCUGAUUGGGAACCACCCUGGCCAACAUGGAUCUAAACUAUCUAGAACAAACACAAUGAAAACUAAACAUAGAAAAUCCACACCCUGGCUCAACAUUUAAGAGUCCCCAGAGCCCAUUAUCAGCAACCAUCUGUCCUGUGUUCCAAUGGCACGUUGUGUUUGCUAAUCCAAAUUUAUCAUUUUAUAAAAGGCUAAUUGAUCAUUAGAAAACCCUUUUGCAAUUAUGUUAGCACAGCUGAAAACUGUUGUGCUGAUUAAAGAAGCAAUAAAACUGGCCUUCUUGAGACUAGUUGAGUAUCUGGAGCAUCAGCAAUUGUGGGUUCGAUUACAGGCUCAAAAUGGCCAGAAACAAAAAACGUUCUUCUGAAACUCGUCAGUCUAUUCAUGUUCUGAGAAAUGAAGGCUAUUCCAUGAGAGAAAUUGCAAAGAAACUGAAGAUCUCGUACAACGCUGUGUACUACUCCCUUCACAGAACAGCGCAAACUGGCUCUAACCAGAAUAGAAAGAGGAGUGGGAGGCCCCAGUGCACAACUGAGCAAGAGGACAAAUACUUAGAGUGUCUAGUUUGAGACAGACGCCUCACAGGUCCUCAACUGGCAGCGUCAUUAAAUAGAACCCGCAAAACACCAGUCUCAACGUCAACAGUGACGAGGCGACUCCGGGAUGCUGACCUUCUAGGCAGAGUUGCAAAGAAAAAGCCAUAUCUCAGACUGCCCAUCUUUUAUUGGCCAGUCUGAGAUAUGGCUUUUUCUUUGUAACUCUGCCUAGAAUUUUGUGUUUUUGUUAGCCGCAUGUGCGACAUAACUCCACCAGUCCUACAUAUGAUAUCAUUUACGAAGAUUUCACCUUUUUUUUAAAUUUCUUCAAAAAAUAUAUAUUUUUAAUCAAUUAGUAUAUUUCAGUUUAACCACAAUAUUUGUUGCAUUAUUUGUUCUGUCGUUUCUGGAGGAUUAAAUUGAAAUUGCAACCAACUUUCUAUGGCUUGUUUUAGAAAUAGUGAUAUUUGGGAGAUUAUUUCCUUUUCAAAUAACUGAAAGUGAGAGGUUGUAAUCUGAAUAAAGGGGAAAAGGCCAUUCUUGAACAUGGGGUGAGACAAUCUUACUAAAUCCACACCCUGGCUCAACAUUUAAGACUCCCCAGAGCCAGGGCGUGACAGUAUCCUGUUUCAGUAAUAAUGAAAUUCAGACCUUCUUCUUGAGUGUCUGAUAAUCUACCAUUUACAUAGGAGUGGUUAAAACAUGCUAAUAACGGUCCUCUGAGUAUAUCAAAAAAGGUUUGUUAUACCUCGACUGGUAUGCCAUCCUACCCUGGAAUUUUCCCGGACUUAAAGUCUUUAAUUGCAUCCAGAAGUUCCUCCUCUGUCAUUUCACCUUCACAUGAGUAUUUAUGUAUGGCUGUUAAUUUUACAUUAUCAAUAGAAAAAAAAUCCCUACAAUUAGCUUCAGUUAGAGGAGAUAGAGGCGACUGAAACGAAAAAAUAUGCUUAAAGUACUUUGCUUCCUCCUUCAAAAUAUAAUUCGGUGAAUCAUGGGUGACUCCGUCAUUUGUAACCAGUUUCAGUAAAUUAUUUUUGGUAGCAUUUCUAUGUUGAAGAUUUUUAAAAAUGUGGUGUAUUUUUCCCCAUAUUCCAUCCAGUUUGCUUUAUUUUUUAUAAUAUAUUACACUUGAUCUUUCUUGAAUAAGUUUCUCCAUUUCUUUUUGUUUUUCCUCUAAUUUAUUCUGAGCCUCAUCCAAAGCUUCGUACAAUUACCACAUGAAUUCAGUGUAUGUGGCAUAUUUAGGAAUUGAACUCAAAACACUGGUUUUGACUGACAGCACCCUGCUUCAGCCAACAGAACCAUUGGGACCAUAUUAUUGUCAUAUGAUUGUAUGGUCAUUUAAUUUCCUUGAUGCUCAAUAAGAACUGUUUUUGGUUUCUCUAGGUCCUCCAGAACAUGGUUCACUGUGCAGACCUUAGUAACCCGACCAAGCCCCUGGAGGUCUACCGCCAGUGGACUGACCGCAUCAUGGUGGAGUUCUUCACCCAGGGGGACAGGGAAAGGGACAAGGGCAUGGAGAUCAGCCCCAUGUGUGACAAACACAACGCCUCCAUCGAGAAGAACCAGGUACAGUUAUUGCACACACAGGCACUAAGACACAUACAGUACAGUAUGCCCACACAAUGUACACAUGCAGAGGAGAGACACACACACAAUAAUAAUUAUAAUAGUUAUAAUAAUGUGGAUUCUUACAUGUACAAGUGUGUAUUAUACUCGUGUGAAUUGGAAAUUAGUUUUUUUGCAUAUCCUGAGACACCCUCGGAGAGUGGGGUCACGGCCAGGGAUCAGCCAUUACGGACAGUGACCCUGGAGCAAUUAGGGUUAAGUGCCUCGCUCAAGGGCACAUCGACAGAUUUUUCACCUCCUCUACAAACACACAGUCUGGGCUUUAAAAUUCUGCCUCUUUUGCUAAUAUGUAAAUGACUAUACUCCUCUUCCCCUACAGGUGGGCUUCAUAGACUACAUUGUCCACCCUCUGUGGGAGACGUGGGCAGACCUGGUCCACCCUGAUGCCCAGGACAUCCUAGACACGCUGGAGGACAAUCGCGAGUGGUACCAGAGCAUGAUCCCCCACAGCCCCUCGCCCACCCCAGAGGCCCAGGAUAAGGUGGGCCUGCCUGGGGGAGCCAUGGGGGCCGGAGGGGGUGGAGGUGGAUCCUCCACAGGAGACAAGUUCCAGUUUGAGCUGACCCUAGAGGAGGAGGAGGGCGAGUCCGACACAGAGAGCCCUCCGGAAGAGGAGGGGUACAGUAGCACUGGGAUGGAGCCUUCUAGGACUGACCCGGACAGCAGACUCCAUUCCGUGUCUGCCACUGCUCACCCACACUUGCAAGUACUCUCCAAAAUGGCCACCUCUGUCCUCAAUCUUGGUGGCAGGACUUUGUCCACAGACUCUGACCCGGAAAGAGAGGCCGCCGAAGACAGAGAACAUGACCAAGAAGGUAACGCCGGUGUGAGGCGCUUCAAGCUAGGUACAUAACAUCAGUGCAAUGUAAUUUUUUUGUUUUUGUUUUUUUGUUGAAUUUCUGCACCUCACCCCUGACCCCUUCAACCCCCAUCUCUGGCUUCCUUGGACUGAAUGGCAGGACAAAGCUGGGGUAGAGAACGUAGAGGGGGUGCGUUCAGGAAGUCUGCACUUACACAGCAAUCAACUUGUACUGGAGAGAGGAGAGCCCCACUGUUCCUUCUCGUUCGGUUGCGGAGAACAGGAAACUGUGUUUUUGAGCUGGUCUUUUGUGUUUUACCGAUACGUCUCUGAGUUGGACAUGUGUUGUGUUCGUCUUAUGUUUCUCAGAGACACUGAGAAAACCAACCUUUCUGUUUUGCCAGUCAACCUACGACAAAAGAGCGAGGAGUUUUGCGGAACACGUCUUCCUUUUCACUACUUAUGACCGCUUGAAACAAUUGACGAAGCGAUGAACUUAGUAACAACAAACACCACAAAGGCUUUUGACACAUUAUACCAAACAGAUUAAUAAACAGGGACUUGGCCAAUGGCAAUAUUUGCCUGCCUUUUCAACUGCUGGUCGUUUGGUCUUUAAUUUAAGUCCAUUUAAACUAGUGCAGAAAGUGGUUUAAACCGGUAAACUGCAGACCUUACCAAAUUUGACCUACAAAGGACCAAGUACAGAGCAGGACCUCAGAAUGGCUUGAGGAAGAGAAUGUUUAAAUGUAGCACAAUACUUUUUGGGUACCUCUGUUGUAACAGCAACUGGGUGCCUCGCUGGGGGUCUCUCAUCAGUCACACUCUUAACAACUGAUUUAGGGUCAGUUCUUCCUUCCACAGUCCUAACCUGAACUGUUACGUGUAAACCAACAAAACCAACCCUGAGCCAGUCCUAAUAGGGUCAUAUAAGUAACCAAAAGCUAUGCGGUGUGCACCUGGCACCUCCCAGUGUUGAAUAUCGGAAUUAAAGUCUGAACGUGUACUGCAAUUCAAGACAUUCAAAAUGCCCAUACCUACAGUAAAUUGACUAUAGGAAUGUUAAAUGGAUUGGUUUUAGCUGUGUUGCUGUUGUAGGCAGGGGUAUCCAAAACAAGCAAUUCAGUUAAGAUUUUGUUUUUUUUCCUUAUUUGAAGUCCCUCAAAGUGUAUGCAUACUGCUUUAUCCUUAACCUUUUUAUGGCAUCAGUCUGCCUCCACAAUUUCACUCACAGCCAAUCCCCAUCCUGCUUGAAAGGGCUUGAGGCAAUCCAUAAACACAUUUGCGUCAUUUAACAGACGCUCUUAUCUAGAGCGACUUACAGUGGUGAGUGCAUACAUUUUCAUACUGGUUCCUGUGGGAAUCGAACCCACUACCCUGGGGUUGCAAGGGCCAUGCUCUACCAAGUGAGCCACACAGGACAAUGAGCCAAACUCUACAAUGUCCUUUCAAGUCUGUUAUUGUUGUUACAGUACAGGUCUCACGUUUCCUACUAACUUCAGGUACCAUCAUCUGGUCACACUGUCAACCAGUUGAACUAUUAAAAAAAGAUACAUUGGUAGCAUUUACAUAUGUUAUCUUGGUUUGUGAAGAAAAUGAUGUAAUAUUUGCCAAACUAUUUCAGAGAUGUGUGAAUGAUGUGCCACUCAAGCGCAAUUGUAACUGUAAAAAAAAAAAAAAGACCGUUGGCCAUGGGCCAGUUUUCUGUGCCGGAAGUUUGACUCCCUUUUCCUUUUGUCAUUGGUCAAUAUUCUGCUCUUCACGGGGACAUCGCCAAUGACAGUACAAGUGCCAAGCAAGCAUGACACAACUCGUACUGUAAUUUCCAUUUUGCCCCUGGCUAAUUUCCACCAAUGACUGACUGACAGCAAUGUUGAUCAUGUCGCCCUCCCUGUGUACCCUUUCUACCCAUAGGUUUUCUGUUUCAGAACAAUAAUCCACUGAUAACUGUACUUGUCUUAAUGUUUGAAUGGUUGGACAUUUAGAUUGAUUGAAUUUGUAAAGAAACCAAAGCACUUUCUACAGUACUUUUAUAAGUCCGUGCUUCAAGGACAGUCGAGUGUGAUGUAACUCUGUUGACUAAUCCACAUUAGUAUUCCGUAUUCUGAUAUUAUGUGGCUUGAUUAUUCCAAUUGAUGCAUAGCACAGACUGGACCACUGAAGCUAAAUUGGGGGACUUGUGUUAUGGAAUUAAACCUUUUUUUGUAACUGCAAAAUGUUUUGACAAAGAUGCAUGACAUUGGCUGAUUCAUAAGGAAAGUAUUCAAGUAUCUAAAAUAAGCUAAUCUGUGGACGAAACACAAACUUUUGAACCUACACCGUGGAGGAAAUGUGUUUUUGUGUUUUUACGAAAGAUCCAGAAAUGUGACUUUCUGGAGCCUUAUAUUUGCAUAAGUUUACUUUCCUCAUAGAUUGUAUACUAGAUAUGGUGGGGAGACACCAGUGCCAUGCACACAGUAGUUAAGGAGCACAAAGAGUUCAGAACUCAAGCAAGCCUUUCUGUCUUCCUCAGCUGUCAUGCAAAAUGUCUUCACCAGCCGUUGUUAUGACAGUAUUUUCACAUGAGGAUUCAGUUAUGCUCUCUGUCUACCAUGGAUUGUUUUGUAUCUUUUCCUCACAAUGCUUUGUGUACAGUUUAUUUAUUAUUUCUAUAUCUGUCCGAAAAUGAAGAACUAUAGACUUUGUCGGAGGCUGAGUAUUUAUUUGUAGCUACCUUCCGAGCUUUGGGAGAAAGAAUGGGACAGAUUUCAACUACAGUGCUCAACCGUGGAGGCUGGUGGGAGGAGCUAUAGGAGGACUGGCUCAUUGUAAUGGCUGGAAUGGAAUGAUUGGAACAGCGGCCCCGUGUAGCUCAGUUGAUAGAGCAUGGCGUUGCAACGCCAGGGUUGUGGGUUCAAUUCCCACGGGAGGCCAGUAUGAGAGAAAAAAAUGCAUGCGCUCACUAACUGGAUAAGAGCAUCUGCUAAAUGACUAAAAUGUAAAAGUGUUUGAUUCCAUUCCAGCCAUUACAAUGAACCCGUCCUCCUAUAGAUCUUGCCACCAGCCUCCUCUGGUACUCAACCAAAUGUUUUAUUCCUUAUGUCUGCCAUAAAAGAAAGCAGAAAUACUCAAAGUUUCCGGUUCCCUUUCAGUCGGUCACUCGGUAUAACAACUAUGUGGGGUCAACGACCAAUCCUAUUCACCUGAACAAAUUGAAAUCACGCCCAACGGGCCAAUAGAUGCCGAGUCCUGCCCUCGGAAGCCCCGCCUUCCUGGCUAUAAUACCGGGGGCUCGCAAACAUUUCCUAAAUUCUUCGCUCUUCAGCUCGCCUGAAGGAAGAACGUGUCACGCAAUUUACAAUUUUUCAAGCACAUGAAGGCUACGAGAUUCGGCGCCGUCUUAGGUGUCUGUUAGUGGGGAUAGACUCGUCCACCUAGAUGUUGUGAGUUUUGGGUCUUGGUAUCAAUUUUUGUGUUUGCUAAAAGCAAACUACUUUGUGCUCUGCUUGUGUAGCCAGCACUCCGUUGCUUGAAUAAGAUGGCCAAUGGUAGGAGGAAGUUCAAAAAGCCUAACCAGCCGAGUGUGAACCUCUGACCAUGCCCUAGGGCAUGUGGUUUCACAAUAAAAAGUAAAGAUACGAGUGCUGUCCUGCUUGCUUGGGGUGGAAACUCAUUCAGAUUCUGGUGGCUCCCCGUUGGCCCAGACAACCCUGAUUCCCGGAGAUCAUCCGCCUGUUAGGUGGGGACCCGUGGAGGGGUUCCGUGUCGUCAGGAUCUAUUGUCGCAGGUGCAUGGGAGAAUUUGGCACCCACGACCACAGACAUUGAUCUGUCGGUUUGGCUCCUGAAAGGUUGAAUUUGAGGACUAGGGGUUCACCCUCAAACGUGAUUAUGACUACAGUCGGCAUAUGCGACCUCUAGGAGAGGGUUGUAUACACAUAAGUGGCGCGUGUUUGAGGUUUGGUGUCAGGUUAAAGGAGUUUCUGAUGUUCUUGCAAGAGAUUUUUGAGCAGGGCCUUUCUUUUUCCAUAUUCAAGUUUAUAUGCCAGCCAUUUCGGCGUGUCAUGUAGGGAUUGACGGCUCUACCCCGGGGUCCCAUCCACUGGUGGUGCGGUUCCACAUUGAGUAAGCCUCCUUUUUAACCAGUGGAGUCUGUAGACCUGAAGGUCCUUUCCUACAAGACUACCCUGCUCAUGGCCUUGGCGUCAGCCAAGCGUGUUGGGGAUUUCCACGUGCUAUUAGACUCCAAAGUGUCACAGCAGGUGCCCUGUUGUUUUGGUUCCUUGUGUGAGUUCUGGCAUUCCAGACUCCUUGGGUCUCUGUGUGAGACUUUUUGGAACCGCGAGGGCAUAGCUGCAGGAAGUAGGGGUGCUGAGGGUGCUGCAGCACCCCUUGAAAAAUCAGAAUAAUAAUUAUAUAUAUUUUUAUCUUCACAAAAGUAGUGCACUGGGCCUUUUACUAGUCCUGUAUUAGCUGACUGUCCCGUCGGUGACAGAAUAGCAGCACCCCCACCCCCAAUUUUUUUUCCUGCGGCUAUGCACGAGGGUCUAUGGACUUGGGCCUCCGUGGUCAAUGUUAGGCAGCGUUUUGUCCGGGUUACCACAGUUUCCUUGUGGGUUUGAGCCUUGGGCUGCUGUGGCAGCACGCGGGCUGCCUUGGUUCAUUGUGCGCGUGCGCUUUACAGAGUCACGACAGGUGUUCUGUUGUUUUGGGCUUGCGGUUCCUUGUACGAGUUCUGACAUUUCAGGCCUGCAAGGUAAGUAUUGUUCUUGGAACUGUGGGGUCUAUGGACUUGGGCUGCAGUGGCAGCUUGUCAGUGCGCAUAGCCAAGUUGCAGCAGGUUCUAGGUCCCUAUAUGGGGCUCUGACAGUUCAGGCUUCUCGGGUAAGUAUCAGAGAAAAAGGUGACUUCUGUAAACCCAUUUUGGAGCCGGUGGAACCUGUGUGCUUGGGCUACCGUUCGGUACCCUCUGAGCCGGCUUGGGGCAUGAUUGUAUGUCCCCAUAGUAUGUUAUACCGAGUGACUGACUGAAAGGGAACUUACAGUUAUGAAUAUAACUACUGUUCCCUGAAGGAGGGAACGAGGUAUGACAUAUUUUAACCCCAUGCCAUCAGGGGGUUUGGGCUCGCUGAUGAGCAGUACUGAAUUUAGGAAAUGUAUGCGAGCUUCCGAGGGCGGGCUCUGCAUUCAUUGGCCCGUUGGGCUUGAUUUCAGUUUGCUUCAGGUGAAUAGGAUUGGUCGUUGACCCCACAUAGUAUGUUAUACCUUGUUCCUUCCUUCAGGGAACAGUAGUUAUAUUCAUAACUGUACAUUUUCUCGAUAACAUCAGUAGAGUAGGAGAUUCCUCUGAGUUUCAGGCACGUUGUUCCUAUGUUUUUCUCCUGACCAGAACUAUUCAGUCUGCAGUCUCGACUAUCCAAACACAACUGUUUACUAUGGGUUCCAAUGCUCUUACUGUAACUGUACGCCUGUCCACCUUGCCAAUAAAGAAGUCUUCAUGCUUUUUGACAUCAUGGAUGCUUAUUGGGAAUAACGUUGACCAUGGAAUGCUGCAAUGAUAUGCAUGUUUUUUUUUCAACACAAUUCAGAUGACAUAUGUUUAUCUGAACGUAUUUCUAUAGGACAAUAAUUCUAAAUCAAAACAUACUUAUUCAAAAUACAGUCAUACCAGAAUCCAGAUGCAGAGGGAGGUGUUUAGUCCCAGGGUCCUUAGCUAAAAGUCCAUCACUAAGCUAAGGACCCUGGGACUAAACACCUCCCUCUGCAACUGGAUCCUGGACUUCCUGACGGGCCGCCCCCCAGGUGGUAAGGGUAAGUAACAACACAUCUGCCACAUUGAUCCUCAACACGGGAGCCCCUCAGCGGUGCAUGCUCAGUCCCCUCCUGUACUCCCUGUUCACCCAUGACUGCAUGGCCAGGCACGACUCCAACAUCAUCAAGUUUGUCGAUGACACAACAGUGGUAGGCCUGAUCACCGACAACGAUGAGACAGCCUAUAGGGAGGAGGUCAGAGACCUGGCCGUGUGGUGCCAGGAUAACAACCUCUCCCUCAACGUGAUCAAGACAAAGGAGAUGAUUGUGGACUACAGGAAAAGGAGGACCGAGCACGCCCCCAUUCUCAUCGACGGGGCUGUAGUGGAGCAGGUUGAGAGCUUCAAGUUCCUUGGUGUCCACAUCACCAACAAACUAUCAUGGUCCAAACACACCAAGACAGUCGUGAAGAGGGCACGACAAAGCCUAUUUCCCCUCAGGAGACUGAAAAUAUUUGGCAUGGGUCCUCAGAUCCUCAAAAAGUUAUACAGUUGCACCAUCGAGAGCAUCCUGACUGGUUGCAUCACCGCCUGGUAUGGCAACUGCUCGGCCUCCGACCGCAAGGCACUACAGAGGGUAGUGCAUACGGCCCAGUACAUCACUGGGGCCAAGCUUCCUGCCAUCCAGGACCUCUAUACCAGGUGUUGUCAGAGGAAGGCCCUAAAAAUGGUCACCCUAGUCAUAUACUGUUUUCUCUGCUACUGCACGGCAAGCGGUACCGGAGUGCCAAGUCUAGGUCCAAAAGGCUUCUUAACAACUUCUACCACCAAGCCAUAAGACUCCUGAACAGCUAAUCAUGUCUAAUCGGACUAUUUGUAUUGCCCCCCACCACCCCCUCUUUUACGCUGCUGCUACUCUGUUUAUUAUCUAUGCAUAGUCACUUUAACUCUACCCACAUGUACAUAUUACCUCAAUUACCUCGACUAACCGGUGCCCCCGCACAUUGACUCUGUACCGGUACCCCCUGUAUAUAGCCUCCCUACUGUUAUUUUAUUUUACUGCUGCUCUUUAAUUAUUUUCUAUUUUUAUUUUUUACUUAUCUAUUUUUUACUUAACACUUUUUUUGUUCUUAAAACUGCAUUGUUGGUUAAGGGCUUGUAAGUUAGCAUUUCACUGUAAGGUCUACACCUGUUGUAUUCGGCGCAUGUGGCAAAUAACAUUUGAUUUGAUUUGAAGGGAUAGGUGGCAACAUAUUUUUUAUGAAUCAGGAAAUAAUUAUUUGACAAUCGAUUUUUACCUUUAUCCAUAACUAGUCCCCUCAAUAAUGGAUUACCUUUCAGAGAGGUGUUGGUGGGUGGGCCCUAGAACGCUCAGUGAGCGUAAACAGUCUCGAUUGGUAUUCAAGACUGCCAGUAAUCCUCUAGCUCUACUCUGAGCCCGCCCCCUCGGUGACAGUCAAUCAAGUGACGCCCGAGCUUCUGCAGGUGCAACACUGGGUACUGCUGCGACGGAGCUGCAGAUAAAAACAGACAUUUCACGGUAAGCCGCAAGCUGUAUUAUCUUGCGAGGCAUUUAAACAAAUUAUAAUAGCACUAGAAAGUGUUCGAUUAUGUUGGCAGAUGUAAAUCAAAGAAUGGAGAGGACAAAUUUAGUCGCAAAAUAAGGAAGAAUAACCUUCAUUUGACAUAUAGCGAGGCUAGGAUGCUUCGCUAGCAUCAAUAGCCUAGGAUGCUAGCUAAGCCUAAUUGCAGGGAGCCGUGUAUUUUCAUUGGGUGAAAAUGCUGUCAAUGCGGCUGUUUAACAGAAUGUAGCCUAGUUUUUCUGCCAUUACAACAGCAAUCCUAUUGAAUGACCAGCAGCAGCUGUUAUUCGGGAAAUAAACAUAUUUAGAAGUAUGUUUUUUCUUCCCAUUGAAUGGUGCGCGAGCCAUUCGAGCCCCAUCUAACAAGCUUGAGGAUAGCAGUAGCAACUGGCUGGCUAGCUAGAUAGGCGUCUUUACUAGCCAGAUAGCUAGCUAGCUAAACAGUGGCGACCCAAUGGGUUGGUCUUAGCCUAAUUGAUCUCCCGGUGACCAAGACCGCUUACCCAUGUAAGUACAAUUAUCUACAUACAUUGACCAUAGCAAAUGUCAAGUCAAACCGCCUGAUGUAAAUGCAUGUCCCUGUCCAUUCAAUUAUACGACAUGCGCUAAAAUAUAUUCUCAAGACACCCACUGACCCAGCCAUAGCUGGUUAGCCAGUUUAGCGGACGCUUUGCCUAAGCCCCGCAGUUUCCGCCUCCUUUAUCUUGGUCUGGGUGCGCAUAGGCGAUUUUCACUGUCUGAAAUGUCGGAGCAAUGACUAUCUAUCUACGUUUAUUUAUAACAAAAUGCUGUUUUCAUUACAUUGCUUUACUAUGAAAGAUAUAAAGAUUAUUACAGCAUCGUUUCUUUCUGUUUAAACGUUAUAAGCGCACUAGAAUGUGCAGGGACUGACUAUACAGCGCCACAGGACACAUAUGAUGUUUACAAGACUCUCACCUCUCAAGAUAAGUGUUAUGGAAAUGUUAUGAGGGUCAAUCAGUUUUGAUCCUGUGCUUUAGUGGAUAGAUUUCUUUGAAAGUAGGCUCGGCCUGACCUCACCUCCGUUAGUAACAAUCAAAGAUGCCUGUAUUAUCAGAUCUGGGAGGAGUCCACAUUUUCAAUGUCAAAAUUAUUAUUAUGGUAUUACUCAAUGAAAUCUAGUUGCAUUUUAGAUUCUUGAAAAGCAAGGAUAUGCAAUGACAUUCAAGCCAUCGAAAUCACACUGAUGUGGAUAUGGGUCCUUAAUACUGUAAUUGGCCAUAGAAUCAAAGCAUACGCCUAUUUCCAAAUUCAACUUUUAUUUUGGUUUUAAUUCAAUAUGUUGUACCAUUCCAUAGCCUUCCACAAAAAUAUAUUGCUGUAGGCUAUUUUAAAACAUCCUUAUCUUUAGUGUAUUAAAUACAUUUGAAGGGUGUGACUGUAAUCUCAUGUCAAUCAUUCACUAAAAGGCUUUAUGGCUCAUUGAACAUAGUCAACAUCAAUCAGUAUGAUCUGACACACAUUUUUUAUUGAUUGUUGUCUGUCCCUUUCCCAGGGAGGUGUUAGAUUAUAUUACUCAUUCUAUUGACCACUGCUGUUGGAAGCGUUUAGAAAAAUUACUCCAUAGUUAUUAGUUUGAUGUCAAAACAUGCUGGCAUAUUUUGAUGUAGCUAUUUUUCAUAGAGACAGUAGAUGUUGGAUAUGGGUGGGAUGAGUGAUCAUCAUUUGGUAGUUCUACUUACCUGCCCAUUUCCUCAGAUAUUUACCAAAGAGGUGCUCAUGGAUUUCUCUAAAAAACGAUCCUCUGAUUGUUGACAACGCAAAUGGAUAAAUCUGCCAUUUUGACUGAAGAAAUGUUUCUAUUUUAAAUGGGCAACAAAGGCAUUAAUUCAAUUUGUCGUCAUUCUCUCCCUCCAAAGAUGGCCUCCGCAACAGCCACCUAUGGACAGAAGGAGACCUCAGACCAGAACUUUGACUACAUGUUCAAGAUCCUGAUCAUUGGCAACAGCAGUGUGGGUAAGACCUCCUUCCUGUUUCGCUACGCAGACGACUCAUUCACACCGGCCUUCGUCAGCACGGUGGGCAUCGACUUCAAGGUGAAGACCAUCUACAGAAACGACAAGAGGAUCAAGCUGCAGAUCUGGGUAAGACACUGACCUUAACUGAUUCAAUCAUCCCUCUGUUGAACACAAAUGAGCUCAUGUAUGUUAUUAGGGGUAUUCUUGCUUUAAAGGGAUUGCUCCACCAAAUUAUAAUAAUAAUAAUAAUAUGCCAUUUAGCAGACGCUUUUAUCCAAAGCGACUUACCGUCAUGCGUGCAUACAAAUUACUGUCAUACAAAUUACACAUUUACCUCAUCUAAUGGAUAUGUAGUCGGCUAGUUUGGGUGAAGAACAGACAUUGACAGAUUCAACCGCAGUGGUAUCUAAUCCCCAACCCUGGUCCUGGAGUGCUACUGUACAAGGUGUGCAGGCUCUUGACAAGAGCAUGAUCAGUUAAAUCGGGUGUAUUAGAGCUGGACUGGAACAAAAACCUACGUAACUUGUAGCAUUCCAGGACCAGGGUUGGUGACAACUAUUUUACCUUAUGAAAUAUGAAUGAGCACAAAGGUCUAGGCAAGUAGGCUAGUUCUCCAAGUUUGAUAUCAAUACGCUAUACAGUCGGGGGGGGAGACGAGACGACUGUAUGGGAAAUAUCCCAUGACAAUAGGCUAGACUUGAAAGUUACGCUUUUUUAGGGGGUGAGUUUGUUUAGGAUUUUGGCCAGUCAGACCUCUAUACUUUCCUGCACUCAUCUCCAUUUGAGGCCUAUGACAGCGGAGGGGGCAGAGAGGAGCAGUAUCGGUACACUUGCAGGAGGUUUGUGUCUCCAGUCUCUCUCCCUCUCUCUCUCGCUCUGUCUGUCUGUGGCUCCUGUGAGGAAUAUGUUUAGUUCUGAAGAAGAUUGGUUGUGACACUACGUGCGUCAUGGUGAGGCAUCUGCAUCCACCCCCUUUAUCAGAGUAGACCUCGCUAUGGAACAGCGCACACAGCUCUGAUCUAGGGUGCUACCUUUAUACACAAGAGAGAUUCUCAUUAUAAGGAUUAUGAUUACUGUUUCUUGAAAAAUGCAGUUUGAGGAUUUGAUGACACAUGCUCACCUAGACCUACAGUCGUUCAGUGUUUUUAGAUAUUUUUGUCAGAUGUUACUAUGGUAUACUGAAGUAUAAUUACAAGCAUUCCAUUCCAAGUGUCAAAGGCUUUUAUUGACAAUUACAUUACGUUUAUGCAAAGAGUCUAUUUGCAGUGUUGACCCUUCUUUUUCAAGACCUCUGCAAUCCGCCCUGGCAUGCUGUCAAUUAACUUCUGGGCCACAACCUGACUGAUGGCAGCCCAUUCUUGCAUAAUCAAUGCUUGGAGUUUGUUAGAAUUUGUGGGUUUUUGUUUGUCCACCCGCCUCUUGAGGAUUGAGCACAAGUUCUCAAUGGGAUUAAGGUCUGGGGAGUUUCCUGGCCAUGGACCCAAAAUGUUGUUUUGUUCCCCAAGCCACUUAGUUAUCACUUUUGCCUUAUGGCAAGGUGCUCCAUCAUGCUGGAAAAGGCAUUGUUCGACACCAAACUGUUCUUGGAUGGUUGGGAGAAGUUGCUCUCUGAGGAUGUGUUGGUACCAUUCUUUAUUCAUGGCUGUGUUCUUAGGCAAAGUUGUGAGUGAGUCCACUCCCUUGGCUGAGAAGCAACCCCACACAUGAAUGGUCUCAGGAUGCUUUACUGUUGGCAUGACACAGGACUGAUGGUAGCGCUCACCUUGUCUUCUCCGGACAAGCUUUUUUCCGGAUGCCCCAAACAAUCGUAAAGGGAUUUCAUCAGAGAAAAUGACUUUACCCCAGUCCUCAGCAGUCCAAUCCCUGUACCUGUUGCACAAUAUCAGUCUGUCCCUGAUGUUUUUCCUGGAGAGAAGUGGCUUCCUCACUGCCCUUCUUGAUACCAGGCCAUCCUCCAAAAGUAUUCACCUCACUGUGCGUGCAGAUGCACUCACACCUGCCUGCUGCCAUUCCUGAGCAAGCUCUGGAUUUUCUUGUGCUCCCUGAAGCCUUCUUCACAACAAUUGAACCUCUCUCCUUGAAGUACUUGAUGAUCCGAUAAAUGGUUGAUUUAGGUGCAAUCUUACUAGCAGCAAUAUCCUUGCCUGUGAAGGCCUUUUUGUGCAAAGCAAUGAUGUCGGCACGUGUUUCCUUGCAGGUAACCAUGGUUAACAGAGGAAGAACAAUGAUUUCAAGCACCACCCUCCUUUUAAAGCUUCCAGUCUGUUAUUCUAACUCAAUCAGCAUGACAGAGUGAUCUCCAGCCUUGUCCUCAUCAACACUCUCACCUGUGUUAAUGAGAGAAUCACUGACAUGAUGUCAGCUGGUCCUUUUGUGGCAGGGCUGAAAUGCAGUGGAAAAGUUUUUUUGGGAUUAAGUUCAUUUUCAUGGCAAAGAGGGACAUUGCAAUUAAUCGGAUCACUCUUCAUAACAUUCUGGAGUAUAUGCAAAUUGCCAUCAUAAAAACUGAUGCAGCAGACUUUGUGAAAAUUAAUAUUUGUGUCAUUCUCAACUUUUGACCACAUGUUUUUAUAGAAAUUUGAACGGUUUUCUCAGUUGCCAGAUCCGAGGCGCAUUUUAGUAAAGCGAGCAAAUCCACUCUCCCAAGAUAUUAUCUUGAUUUAUGUUGCUUGACAUGUAUGGAAUAAAUCAAGAUUAUAUGCUGUCAAUGUGGGUUUAUAUUCAUAUGAUCCUGUGAACAUGACCAUGUCUCAGUGUUAUAAGAUCGCUGAAGCCAAAAAACAAACAUGUAUGCUGAUAAAUGUGUCUUGUUUUCCUAAAUUGACCUCAAUUCAUUUUCCAAAGCGCCUGCCGUUGCUGUCUCUCCUACGUGCAGCGUCAUUAUGGCCUGGUGACGCCCAUAAAACUUGCUUAAACACAUCAGAAAAUGGCUUCGAGAGCUAUUGCAUUUCUCUAUGUGUUAUGUUACUGUUCUGUUCUAUCGCACUGCCAACUCACUGCUUGUUUAAAACAUAAUCUUACACUGAUAUACUGCACUGCUGCAUGUGCUGGCUAUAAAUUGAUACUGUAACUACACUUCAGACAUCACAUGGAAUAUUGAAGUUAGUAUCUGUCUUUUUUCUUUUUUUAAUCCACAACUUCAUUGUUAUAUCCAGCUGCAAUGUUUAAAGAUGGAUGUGAGGUUAAACUUAGUGCAUUGUUUUAUGUGGUAGUACAUUGGAGGGCCCUUCUGCUGCAGGGCUAUUUUUGUGUCAGAGUAUACGUGUGUGCAUGAUACAAUGAUUGAUUGUGUGAUAUAAUGUGUGCUUCUCCCAGGACACUGCCGGCCAGGAACGCUACAGGACUAUCACCACAGCCUACUACAGAGGAGCCAUGGGCUUCCUGCUCAUGUAUGACAUCACCAACGAGGACUCUUUCAAUGCUGUGCAGGACUGGUACGGCACCACUGGGCAAUAGUGUGUGUGUGUGUACAACGACUGUACAUUUGGCCUUGUAUUGUAUUUAUGUUCUGCAAAAGUUACAUAAUUUGAUGACUGGGUGAAAAAUGACAGCACCAAUCAAGCAGCUUUGCCUGUUGGAUGAGGGUCCAUGCAUGGAACUAAAAAAAAAUGUGUAUCUGGAAAGUUAUGAUAGGAUCCUUAAUACAACUCAAUUUUGUAUAUGUGUGUUCAGGUCCACCCAGAUUAAGACGUACUCAUGGGACAACGCCCAGGUCCUGCUGGUGGGAAACAAGUGUGACAUGGAGGAUGAGAGGGUGGUGGCAGCAGACCGCGGCAGGCAGCUCUCUGACCAACUGGGUGAGUUGGAACACUGUACUUAAUUACCCAGUAAUAUAAUAAUAACAAGUUACCAGUUUCCUUUCACUAGAAAACAAGUUUUAUGUUCCUAACCUGCAGUAGUCUCGAAAACCCGGCCGUAGGCAACAGUGACUAGACUCUUGUUUGGCACCCAACAUUUUUUAUUUUGGCACAAAACAUUUUUUGGGUGCGGGUCCUCUUCAGACAGACAGGUCAACCAACAAAUCACAAGGCAGACAUGCCAAACCAAAGAUUGCAGGCAAAACCGUUGCAGUGGUUUUAGUGAAGGUAGUUGAUGUAAACUAGCCACUUGUGAAAUGCACUCAUUAAAAAUAACCUCUGUGAUCUCCAUCUUGCUAGCUACUAUUUUGUAUUUUAUUUAAGAGGAUAAAGUAGUGAUGUAGGUCUAUGCCAUAAAGAGUCCAUAAUUGAAACCAGACCCUAGUCACUGUUGCCUAGGGUUGGGUUUUCAAGGCUAAAUCUGCAGUUACUGUGUACAGUAUAGUAAUGACAUUCCAGUAGUUCUGGGGCAACUUCAUGACAUAUGGACAAAUUAAUGUAAAGUGUUGAUGAUUACAACAAGUAAACAUCACUUGUUAGAUUCAAAUGACUCUUAAUUCAUCAGACAUCUCUGGCUUUCCUCUCCUCUGCAGGCUUUGAGUACUUUGAGUGCAGUGCCAAGGACAACAUCAAUGUGAAGCAGACGUUUGAGCGGCUGGUGGACAUCAUCUGUGAGAAGAUGUCGGAGAGCCUGGACAACGCCGACCCCGCCAUCACAGGGGCCAAACAGGGGCCCCAGCUCACCGAGCAGCCCGAACGCCCCCACCAGGACUGUGCUUGC